AUGGAGCUUGACAACGACCACUGUAUUAAGAUGAAUGAUGGGAACAAAAUUCCUGCACUAGGAUUUGGUACCUAUUCCCCUGAUGCAGUUCAAAAAAGUAAAUGUGAGGAGGCUACAAAGGUGGCUAUUGAAGUUGGCUUCCGCCAUAUUGAUGGAGCCUUUAUAUAUGGGAUUGAGGAGGAGGUUGGGCGAGCCAUUCACGAGAAGAUUGCAGACAGAACAAUCAAAAGAGAGGACAUAUUUUACACAGGAAAGCUUUGGAGUACCUUUCACCGUCCUGAACUUGUCCGAAGCUGCCUGGAACAAUCACUGAAGAAACUUAAGUUUGACUAUCUUGAUCUCUUCAUUAUCCACAACCCCAUGUCUCUAAAGCCCGGGACAGAUCCACUCCCAAAGGAUGAAAAUGGAAAAUUCAUUUUCGAUGUUGUAGAUCUGCGUCAAACUUGGGAGGUCAUGGAGGCAUGUAAAGAUGAAGGCUUGGUGAAGUCCAUUGGAGUGUCCAACUUCAACAUCAGACAGCUGGAGAUGAUCCUGAACAAACCAGGGCUCAAGUACAAACCUGUUCUCAACCAGGUUGAAUGUCACCCUUACCUCAACCAAGGCAAACUACUGGCCUUCUGCAAAUCCAAGGAUAUCCUCCUCGAAGCCUAUUGUGUUCUGGGAUCACAGAGAGACAAGAUGUGGAUAGACCAAAGCACCCCAGUUCUGCUGGAGGACCCAGUAUUGGGUGCAAUUGCCAAAAAAUACAACCGAAGCCCCGCUCUAGUAGCCCUGCGCUACGAGCUGCAGCGUGGUAUCGUGGUCCUCUUUAAGAGCUACACCAGAAAGCGUAUUGAAGAAAACUUCCAGGUUUUUGACUUCCAGCUUUCUGAGGAGGACAUGAAAACCAUUGAUGGGAUGAACAAAAACCGUUCCUAUGUGCUUUUAGAACAAUUUUUGGGCCACCCUCAGUUUCCAUUUAGGGAUGAAUAA